UUUAACAUAACUAAUACACAAUUCUUCUUCAGCUUCUAACAUAAUUAAUACACAAUUAUUACUUCGCAAGAAGGAAAUGUUUCAACGACAUGCCGAUUGUGAGCCGAACCGGAAUUGCAAAAUAAUUAAAAUCACUCGAUAAGCUUGCAGCGUGGUCCAAAUAUAGAUCGACGAUUAUAAAGAUCUUCCUCGAACAUUUUCGCAAGCGAGUUGCCGCGUAAUCUACGGCCAAUAAUCUCGUCAUAUGUAAACUUUGUACUACGUAAUUACAAUCGCAGCAGAUUGAUUUGAACUACUCCACGCAAUUAGUAUCCCCAGAUAAAGAGGCGACUCUAAUUCGAAUAAUAAAACUUUCUCCCUUCCACGACGGAGCGCGAAACAGUUCGAAAACGAGUCCACGAGGCUUUUCUAACUGCUUUUCUUCGACACGAUAGCAGUUACAGGAGGGUAAGAUUUCAGCUCGGCUAGACGCUAUCUUAUCAAACAAUGUGGGACCUCCGACCCCACACAAACACAGAGACCCAUCGGGAGACCUUUAGCACCGAUCUCUUCCCUCGUCGUUCGGCCAUUCGUCGGUUGACCGGCCGAACGGAAGCACUUAUUUAGUUGACUCUACAUACAUUCUCUCUCUUCGCCUCCAAUCAAGUGAGCCGCUGAUUCGCACCCCGGUUUAUCUCCGACGGCCGGGUGGUUAUCGCGAAUAUUUUCACCUCGGGAAAGGUAGAGCUCGGUCGGUUUCGUAGAUCGGCAAUAAUCUCCGACGGCUCGAUGGGCCGCGUCGAGGGAUGAGCAGUGCGGUGAUAAAGACGCGUUGAUCUCAGACCCGGAAGAUUCCGCAAGUGGCAGGAUUCGAGAGAACCUCCUCAGGGAACGAAGAUGAGCAUCAGGCCGAUACUGCUUUUUGCGCUCGUGUGCACGACGCUCACCGUCGCGCGAGGAAAAAUUAUCAAGGACUCCACGUCAUGUGGCCGAACAAAAUGCAAGGUGCCGCUGGAACGAAAGUUCAAGUACCAAGAAGACGUGAAUUACGUGUACACGUACUCCGUGGACGUAAACACGAACCUGGGCUACCAGCCGCCGUCCCUUCACUCUCAGACCGAUUCCACCCUGCACAUCGACGCCGUUCUGACCGUGCACUUCGCCAGUCCCUGCGAGGGCAGCCUGAGGUUCCUCAACGCCAGCGUCAGCCAUGAUCGCAGCACGUACAACGCCGAGUUCCCGGAUCGAGCGGGGUCCGAGUUCAAGGCCAGCCUGGAGCGUUUCGCGCUCAAGUUCGCCUACGACGACGGCGUGAUCCACGAAUUAUGCCCGGACCGGCAGGAGCCGGUCUGGGUGCUCAACCUGAAGCGCGGUGUGUUGUCGAUGCUGCAGAACAGCAUGAGGCGCUUCGACGUGGACCACCAGCUAGAAGAGUCGGACGUGCACGGCAUCUGCGACACGAAGUAUCACCUGUACGAGGCGCUGCGGACCAGUCUGAUCGUGAAGAAGAUCAAGAAUCUGGCUGACUGCCGACACGGAUCGAAAUAUUUCUCCGUCGUGCAGUCGAAUCCUUACAGGAGCCCGCGGCGGCAGCAUGGCCAGAACGGGUUGCUCAAGUCUCACAGCGAGUGCAACAUCACCAUCGAUCACAACGUGUACACGAAGGUGGUAUGCGAGGAGACACGGCAGUUGCAGCCGCUCUCGAACGGCCACAAGGCCGGCGCCAAGACCGAGUCGAAGACGACGCUCGAGUUGGUUCAGGAGACGACGGAUACGAGCUUCCUCCGUGAUUUCGACGAGUACGAGAGCAACCACGACGACGACGACAAGGACGAGGACAACCUAAUCGGAAGUAUUCCUCAUGUAAAGAGGACCACGUUGCUGUAUGAUCACACGAAGACGUUGAAGACCAUACACGGCGAGCUACGGACCUCCCGCGAUCUCCUGAAGAUCAUGUGCAAACUCGCAGCGAACGCCGACGAGCUGCAGCAGAGGUUCUCCGAGACGUUCACGAAUUUCGUUCAUUCGGCUCGCUUCCUGAAUUACCCGUCGUUGUCGCAGCUGUUCGCGAGGGCCAAUAGCAUUUGCAAGAGUGGAAAGAAUCACAUCCUCGCGGCACUGCCGUACCUGAACAGCAACGCCGCGGUGAACAUGAUGAGGGACCUGAUAAUGAAGAGAUACGUGAAUCAGGAGACCAUCGACGACUGGAUCAUCACGUUCGCUCUGUUCCCGCAACCGGACCGCGACACCAUUAAAACCAUGUCGCAGUUGCUGAACUUCCAGAUCCCCCACGUCCAGUUCGUCCUCAGCUACUCCACCAUCAUUCACACGUACUGCAGGAACAACGACGUCAACUGCAUCGAAUUUGGGGAAGCGAACGUGUUCCUGUCGCAUCUCCAGCAGAAGAUUUCAGAGGGCUGCACACCCCGUCUUCGUUCCUCUCCCGAGACGAAAGAGACGCUGGAAGCUUUGAAGGCGAUCGGCAAUAUGGGACUCGAGACAAGGAGCCUGCGACGAGAGCUGAGGAAGUGCAUAGACGACACCGGUGGAUUUCUGCCGAUGGAAGUUCGCUUAGCCGCCGUCGACGCUCAUCGCCGACUGCCGUCCUGCGAGGAGACCCGGGAUGAGUUCCUCCUCGAUUAUUACCGCAACACAACGCUCGACACGGAAAUCCGUAUCGCCUCUUACUUGCAAGUGAUGCGUUGUCCCGAUUACAAUGUCGUCAAGACCAUCAAGCACGCUCUCAAGGUGGAGGAAGUCAACCAAGUCGGUACUUUCGUGUGGAGCCAUUUAACGAAUAUCUACAGUUCGUCCUCGCCCACGAAAAUCGAGAUCCAGAGUCUGCUGACGGACAGAGACUUCAGUAACAAGUUCAACAACGACAUGAGAAAGUUCUCGCGUAACUACGACAGCUCCUUCUUCUCCGAGGAGUAUAACAUCGGCGCGAAUUAUCAGACGAAUCUGAUCUUCUCGCCGAAAUCGUACAUGCCGCGGUCGCUCAUGUUCAACGUAACCGCCGACGUCUUCGGCGAGUCCGUGAACCUGUUUGAAAUCACGGCGCGAAUGGAAGGUCUCGAGUUUUACGCGGAGAAUCUCUUCGGUCCAAAUGGCAUUUACAGCAACGAGAAGAUCUCCGGCCACAUCCGGGACAUCCUCCGACGUUUCCGAUCGGCGCCGGAGAGCGAGAAUUACUGGGACGGCGUGAAACGGCUGCCUAACGUGAUCGAUAAUAAUUUCUUACAUCCGAAAGUCAGCUUCGGCUAUAAGAUAUUCGGGAAUGAGUUGAAGUUCACGAUGCUCGACGGCGACGAGGAAGUGAGGGGCGCGCUCGCGCAGUUCAACCCUUGGCAGAAGAUGAAGGAGUUCCUGGCGAUGCGGGAGAUCCUCUACGAGAGGACGACGAUGUACCUGGAUUCCUCGUACGUCGUGCCGAUGGGGUCCGGCCUGCCGAUUCGCUUGGACGUCGCCGGUUCGGCGGCGUGCAACCUCAAGAUCUCGAAGACGAUGACGGACCGUUUCCUCCCCGACAGCGAGUUCGAGCUCAACGGCAAUGUCGCUUCCAGCACGAGCGUCGACACGGUGGGCACGAUGACGGUAGACGCGUUCUACAAAUCCGCCGGGCUGAGGCUGCGAACGAAUCUCUACUCCUCCGGCACCGUGCAGAUUCACCUGAACAUGAACGGCACUCGUCUGGUGCGCGUCAGCCUGGGUCUGCCGAGCCGCAAGAUAGAGGUGUUCUCGUUGCUCUCGGACGUUGCUCUGAUCAAAAGCAACGGCGCCGAGAUCGAGGAGAAGCCGUUGGGUGUGCUGAUGGCUGGCCAGAAUCCGAAGAAGUCGCGGUACACUGCGGCUGUGCUCAGGAACAUCGUCAGCAACACCACCUGCACCUGGACCGCCUUGGACAGACUGAUAGGCCUGAAGAUGUGCACCGACUAUCAGUUCUCCAACGUGACGAAGAAUCCGGACGCGCCGUACUUCAUUUUGAACGGGCUGACGCUCUUCAAGAUCUCGCUGAACAAGGUCGACCCCACGGCGAGGAACUACGUUUUCGAGUAUAGUUGGAACACAACCCGGGAGCACAACAUGCUCAAGCUGAUGUUCGACACGCCCGGCUCCCAAGUGAACCGAGAAUUGAGCGCCAUCGUCGAUUUCGACACGAUAAACAACAAGGUUAACCUUCUACUGCAUUCGGCCGGUAAUUCUUUCGUCGCCAAGGGCACGUAUAAGAAUUCCGAGGACGAGAUUUUCCUCGACGUCAGUUUCGACAUCAACGGCACGAAGCACCUGGACGCCAGCUUGGGGUACACGAGGACGAAGUUGAAUCACGGUUACGCCUACGAUCCCAGGGUUUAUUUAACCAUCAACAGCGAACGCGUCGCCGCCAUUUCGGGCUCCGUCAGGAACAUACAGAAGAACAACGCCUCGCAGAUCGACGUGAACCUGACUUUCCAGACCAAGCGAGUCUGGAGCAACCUGUCCGGCUACAUCAUCACGCGGAACAUCAGCGUGACCUGUGACCUGACGAUGGCGUAUCAGCUGCAGCGAAUGCCGCGGAAGGAGAGCUUGACCGUGCAGGGCGCGCUCUUCGAUCGCUCGUCGAAGACGCUCGCGCACAAAGCGGCCGAGAUGAACAUCACCUCCACCGCUUAUCCGCAGCUCAACACCAUGAUGAACGCCUCGUAUCAGCAAGCGUUUGGCCACUUGGAGCUGCAGGCGGAGGUGAACCUCAAGCCGAAUCCCAAGAACGAUCGGGACAAGCUCAAGGCGCAGUUCAUCGUCUCCUACUUGAAGCUGUUCUUCCAAGACGAGGGUACGAAGGUGAACGCGCUGAUAGCCGUGACGAAACCUACUCAGAACUUGGACAUCAAAGUGGGGGUGAAUCACUACACCCUCGGCGCCGAGUCGAAGACCAAUUUGCUCAUAGGAUACGCACCAGGCAAGGAAAUCAGCCUGGUCGUCAACGUCGUCAUGCCGCGCGGUAUACUGUUCUCCAUACAAGGCCGCACGAACCUGACGAUUCCCAACUACAACUCGAUGCUGAUGAACGUGCGCGUGAACGAACGGUCCCGACGCGAGUACGAGCUGGAUUUCUCCGGCACUUGGUUCAGCGGCCACAACAUCACCGCGCGUGGCGCCUAUUCCGAUCGAUCGGCCGCCGCCGUGAUGAACCACCACCUCAAGAUGGUCCUCAAGUCGCCGAGCUUCGCCAACCUGAUCCUGCUCAACUGCUUCCUCUACCAGAACCACAGCGACCUCAGGAUCAGCCUGUACGCCGAACAGCCGGACUUCGACAAGUACGCCUUCGUGCUGAACCACACGGUGCUGUCGGAGACCAACCUGAUGUCCUACGUCGAGGCUAGAUAUCGGAGCAACGUGUAUUCGAUAACGACGAACGUCGACACUGCGCGGGAAAUCCGGCUGGAGAUGCAUCUGGACAAGUGGCGGGACGUGCACCUGACCUUGACCGGCAUCAACGAGAAGGACCGGCAGGAGUUCGCGGCGGAGAUCAAGUGGGACGCCAACAGGGAUCCCGCGUUAAAGGUCGGCACGAUGUUGCAGUUCAACAAGAUCUACCUGAUCGCCUCGCCCGGGGUCCAACGGACCGCUAUGGUUAUGCUGACCUAUCCGGGCCGACUCGUGACCGGAUCGUGCGACUUGGUGAUACGCAGCCCGCACAGCUACCUGCUGGACGUCAGUCUCGACUGGAGUCCGGAGAAACGGAUCAAGGCGUCGAUCGGCGCGAAUUACGACCUGCAACCGGAGGUAACGUCUAUGAAGUUGGAGUCCCAGCUGUUGACACCCUUCGAACAGUGGAAGAAGACAGCCUUGAACGCGAAAUACGUGCAAAUGCCGGACAAGAUCCUGGCCAGCAGUAGCGUUUACUGGAACGACUCUCAGCACAUGACCGCGGAGUUCCACGGGAGCACGAGUGAGCACGAGCAGCUGAAGGAGUGGAUGGCAAACUGCGCCCUGACCAGCACCGUCCACAACUUCUCAUGGGUGAUCGUGAACGUCACGCACAAAGUGCUGCGCUCCGAGACGGCGGACAGCCACGUGCUGAUCAAGUACAGUCCCGACAAGACGAUCGACGCGCGCAGCAUCUGGCACCUGGACAAGCGAUCGGACGACGUGUUCAACUUGACCGGCAACCUGCACCUCUACACGCCCUUCGCGAACUAUCACAGGGCCGAGCUCAAGUGUCAACUGCGCCUCAUGUCCAGCUGGAUGUUCCUCGGUGGAGCCAACCUCGACCUGGACAAGCGCAAGUACACCGGCCGCCUGAUCGGCGACCUCGUGCGCUGGAAGGAGUCCAAAGUGGAGUUCAACGUCACUACGCCCUUGGAGAAGUUCGCCUUCGUGCGAGGCAGAUUCGGUCUGUCCGAGAGCAACCGCCACGUGGUGGCGAUGAUCGACACCCCGGACGGUCCGCUCGGCGUCGAGGUUCGCUUGCAAAUCCUCAUGUCCUCUUACUUCAACGUGAAAUUCAUGCUGGCUACGCCGAUCGACGUUCUACAGAAGGCCCUCCUGGUGGCUAAGCUGAAUUCGCGCGAGGCCGAUUUCCGUGUCGGCUACAACAACAUGACCGCCGGUUUCCUCGGCAUUUGGCACUAUAAUAACAUCACCGACUUCGACUACAGCUACAUAGUGCUCACACCGCUUGACGGCCUGCAUGAGUGCGGCGUAACCACUAGGCUCAUCGUAGUGGGCACGGAGCCCAGCAAUAUGCUGGACGUGGACACGGAGUUCUCGUUGAAAUGCGCGGAGAUCAAAUUCGGCGUGAAGACUAAGGGAGGGCCGAAACUUCCCCCCGUGAAAAUCCCCCUGAAGAAGGGUAUCAAAACGACAGACCAUCCUGGGUCUAAUGAGGAGGAAGAGGAGGAGGAGGAAGAGGAGGAAGACGACGAGGAUAAUUUCUUCUGGCGAGGAGAAGCGGAGAUAUGGCUCGCGAUAAUAGAGGUUAUAUCGGGCGAAUUGGAUAUCGAUUACGAAGGCUCCGCAUAUAAGAUUCUGAGCACGGUGAACCUGCCGCCUGGUAAAAUCGUCUUGGACGACAACUUUCUCAUGGAGGAUGUCUUUAAUAUGAAAAAUGACCUGCACGUUGAUCUGUCGUUCAGCAGCAUCCGAGAAAUAACAUCGUUGUACACUCUCAUGAUCGAUAUGGGGAACCCUAUUUCUACCUACUUCGUGGAAAUGAACGUGAACGUCAGGAGAAAUACCACGUGGAUCGAGACCGGAUUUCAUGGAAAUUACACGUAUCGAAAACACGACAUGGAUAAGAAAAACGGGGAUAAUGCGAUAACGUAUUUCGUGAGGUUCGACAUAAAGACGCCGUUAGACUUCCUUAAAGAUCUCCGUACUAACACAGUCGUAGAGAUCGAAGGCAAACGAUACAACAGCACGAUCGCGAUUCGUGGAGAACAACUGACCAUCGAUUUACACGGAGAUGUUAAGAUGGAGGAAGCUCUGUUAGAUGCCUUGAUCUCGGGUGCGAUCGAUUCACACGUGAUGAAAAUACCGAAAACCACGAUCGUAGCAAAGAAAAACUUCACUGGGGACAGAAAGCAGUUUAAGUUUAACGCCAGCAUGGAAGAGCCAGUGUCAGAAUACACGGCCUUCGAGUGCUCUUGGCAAACAGACGAGAACCUCGUGAGAGCUUCCGCGAAGCUCGAGACCUGGAUAAGAGCCCUAAAAUCGCUCGAGACCGACGUGCUCUACAGCAACGCGAUUCGCGUGAACAACACCGCGAAGCUGAACGUCUACGUGAAACAUCUCGGCGAACGGGAGUAUCAGCUGAACGGGAACCUGAACAACGGCAAGAUCGACGCCGACUUGCACACACCGCUGUCGCAGAAGCCGCACUUUCAGUUCCACGGAAACUUGGUCCGGAUCAACGAGUCGCUGUACAACGUCAAAGGGGAGCUGAAGAACCAGCUGUCGGCGAAAUCCUACAACGUCAACAGCGCCAUCGUCACACAGGAUGACGCUCUGACUUCGAUAGACAUAACGGCCGAGCCGAGGAGCGCCGACACCGAUAAAAUCACCUUGAAGAUGAAGAGAAAGAAGUACGGGCUUCAACUCGAUAUGAACGGCGGAUCUUUCAACAGCACCGUCGAUGCCAACAUAAUCAACUCUCUAAACUGGGACAUGAGAGCGCUAACGCAUAUCCAGCAGGACGGUGAGGUCGACACGUAUCGUUUGGACACCUUCAUGAACGUGCAGGUGAACGGCAACACCAGCCUGUACAUUCAUGCCGAGACACCCUGGAACGACAGUAGGGCCUUGACGGUGAACGGAAACCUGAUGCUGACCAACACGAGCGGCGACUUUCGGCUGAAUCAUCAAAUGAACGACAAUCGAUACCACACGGCAAUUCAGUGGAAACUGAUCUCCCUGGAGGACAUGUUCGCGAAACUAACGGCGGAAUACGAGAGCGCGGAAUCGAACAGGAAGGACUUCGUCACUCAUGCGUUCUUCAAGAACCCCGGCCGGUUGUACAGAAACCUCGACGUGGGAUUCAACGUGGAUAUCGAUCGAAAGGCUUGGGAGUUUGGGACGAACGCGACCUUAGGUUUCCGCAAUGAGCGGAACGUCGACGCGGUGUUCAUCGUAAGACUGCCGCCCCCAAACAACGACGAUCACCGGUUCCUGAUCAGUUAUCACAUGAUCAACAAUAUAGAGGACAUCUCUUACGUCGUGGGCUACAACACGGUUCGCUCGAAGGCGAAUUACGCCUCGGAUGGCUCGCUCCGUAUAGUUACCCGCGACAUCAACGGCCACUUCCGAGUGACCUGGGGCUUGUUGCCAAGUCAAUCCAUGCACAAUCUCUUCAACAUCACCUUCGACAAGAAGGAGAUGGAGCUCAAGUAUUCUCUCUACAUGCCGAGGCUUCUGCAGGAGGAGACCAUCAUGCUGCUCUGCAGUUACGACUGCACGUCCAACGAGCGGAAUCUGAUCAAUGCCGAUCUGUUUUAUCCGCCUGGGCGGCAGAUCGGUACCGCCAGAAUAUCGUAUGAAAGUCUGUUUAACGUUAAUGGUACCGUUAACGUUUCGAUAGCUAGCCAGGACUUGUCGUACCUCGGCUGCAACUUCGUUGUGCUUACUACUUUGAAGCAGAACAAAAGAUUCGUCGAGCUCUACUGGACAAACAAAACGGCCUUGCUGAACUCCGAUUACACCUAUCACAGCGAGCGACUGGACUCAAGCCUGGAAGGUAUCCUGCGCGUAGAAGUUCCCUUGAGUCAUCGUCAUAUAGGCCACUUGACUUACGGCUACAAGAAACGUCCUCAAGUCACAACGGGCCACUCGAUAUUGGUGUACAACGAUCAGAAGGUGCUGCAUGCUCAAUAUAAUUCGAAGAGCGAGUCCAGAGCCGGCUUCGAGAAGGAUCGCAUUCAGGUCACCGUAGAGAACAUCUACAAGCCCAUAGGUCUCGUCUACGUGAACCAGUACGAGUACAGCGGCGGAAACGAAGGAACGAACUACCCCACCGUGGAGUUCAAGCAGGUGAACGUCUACAGACUCGACAACAGCUCGGCCUUCAACAUCGUCGGCGAGUCCAGGAUCAGGACUACCCAUACUGGCCAAAAUAUCCACCUGAAGGCGAUGCACUUGAACAGGACCGUUCAAUUCAAGACGGACUACCAAGUGUUGCCGGGUGAAUUCGAUCAGUACACCUGGCUGAGCUUGGCGGAAGAUGCUUGGGCAUCGUACCACGUGAACAUCAUGAACUACACUACCGAGGUCAUCGACAACCAGUUCAUGAUCCUCAACAUCUCCUAUCCGCAGCAUAACUUCACCCUGGAGGGCUCCUACAAAAUCACCAGCGACAAGAUAAACUCCGAGGCGAACUUGCGAUGGGAACGAGACAACGAAAAGUCGAAAAACGUCGGCGCGGCCUUCAACUGGACCAACGUCACCGUCGACGGGGAGUCGAAGAGUCAGCAGCGGGCCGUGCUGAGCUUUCGGCAUCCCACGUUCAAGAAAGACGUGACGAUGAGGAGCGACUUGAUGAGGAAGGACCAACGGGACCUAUUGAACGUCGUCUUCGCCGUGGACUACUCCACCGACAUCGACAAGCUGUUGACGUUGUCCGCGUUUCUGAGGGAUGAGAGCGACGAGCUGAACAGGAAGUACCACUACAGGAUAACCGGCCAGCACACCAGCACGAAAAUGGACCUCAACAUCGAAGGGUUCGUUCACAGGCAUGGAUUCGUGCUGCUCGAGACGGUGAAUCACGCGCGGUACAAGCGCGGCUACAUGCCCGGCGAGGUCGGCGAACUGACCGGCCGGAUCGAUCGGGAUUCAAGAGAGAUUCUCUUCCGACGGGUGAACAACGAGGCGGUCAAGUACUUCAAGAUCGGCUAUUAUCCGUCGCACACCCGUUAUACCGUCAACGGCAGCAUCAUCGACACGCCGCAGCUCAACGCCACCGGCGCCUUCUUCUUGGAUCCGAGUGACAAGCUCAUCUGGAUGAUGAUGAAUUACACGCCCGAUGCGAUAGAAAGCCUAAGGAUGCACGGUAAAAUCCCGGACGCUCGAAACGCGAUAUUCAACAUCUGGAGAACAUACGAGGACGAUUUGUCAAUAUCGGACGUUUCCUUCUACUUGAAGCUGAACCACUCGAGACUCGUUACGUCGACUUUGCGAUGGCGGCCUGAACUGAAGAGCGACAUUAUCAACGCCGGGAAGACUGCCUUCAACAAAAUGUGCGAUGGCUUAAACGACGACAUCGACUACUGGAAGCAAUAUAUAAAAAAUGAAGUGAUAAGCGGCAUCACGGAUGUCUGGGACGAUGCUCAGCAGGAUAUUUCGGGAUUCCUCGACGAUUGGAACGACCUGAAGAGUCUCGAGAAGGACUUCGACGAUCUCAAGGUGUAUUUGAACGACUCGUACAACGCCAACGACUUCUACAUCAAAGACAUCGUCGGUCUCGGUAUACACCUCAUCGACGAACUGUCCCUGCGUAGUCACAUCGAGUCACUACCCAAUAUUCUGAACGAGAUCUGGGAGAUAAUGGGCGAGUCCGGCGAAGCGUUGCGGAAUUCCCUGAUCUGGCUCAUCGAGACCAUCGAGAAUGCUUACAACAAGGUCUCCGAGUUCAUCGGCGCCGUGCUGAGGGGCGAAUCGGUAUCGCAGGUGACGGACGUAAUCGAGAAGUUGAUCGAGAAAUACGACAUGUUCAUGAAGAACCUGCACGUGUCCUUCAUCAAGUAUAUCGAGAAUCUCUGGAACGAAAUCGCCUCGUCUCUCUCGCAGCAAUGGUACCGUUUCCUGAAAGGGAUGGAACCACUGUUCAUUCAGUUCGUUCAUUAUGUCGAGACGGCUGUGUGGCGAGCGAGCAAAGAGGUGUUGGACUUCCUGUACGACCGUAAGAAGGAGAUCGUCACGUCGCCUUACUUCGACCGCCUCACCAACUUCACGCAGGACAUCGACAAGUUCUACCGCGACAUCAAGGCGAACGAUAUAGUGACCAACGUGAACAAGUACUCGCGAGUGGUGAUACAGUUCCUGAAGGACCGUUAUUUCGCCUACAUGCCGUUCGGCAAGGAGCUGAAGGACGUGAUCGACGACAUCCUGUCGGAGCUGAAGGAGUUGAAGAAACUACCGUCCGCCAAGUACGCCUUGGAGAAGUUCGAUCAGGUGUACAAUAGGAUCAACUACAUCUACGAAUACUUCGAAGUUAAGACCAAGCUGGAGAAUCUGAUCCGACUUGUAUAUUCCAAGAUGAUGGACAUCAGUCAGACGGCGUUGCAGGCUGAGAGUCGCUACAGGGAGGCCAAGACCAUGUUCAUCUUCGAUCCUAAUCAGGGCCUGAUAUGCUUGGAACAGAAGCUACCGAUGUCCUGGCACGCCUUCAAUCAGACGCCCGAGUUCCACGAGAUACCGGAAUUACGAGCGAUCGCGGAUCUCAAGACGUACUUCGUCACUUCGAACACCACCUUCUGGGGCCUCUAUUAUCAAUAUAAACCCUACUCGGACCUGUCCAACUGGUUACCGCCGUUCAAAGCACAAGCUAUGAUUAUCGGUUCUCAGCAUUACGUCACUUUCGAUGGCCGUUACUUCGACUUCGCCGGGAGCUGCACCUACUUGUUAGCGAAGGAUUUCGUGCACGACACUUUCGCCGUUCUAGUGAAAUACAACCAAGGCGAGGAAAUCAUUCACCAAAUCGUAGUACUGAUCGGGAACAACGCUAUCGAGUUGGACCUCUUUAACGACACGAUAAAGGUGAUUUCUCAAGAAGCGGGGACCACGAGCAACCUGCAGCUGCCAGUUGACUUGGACCACGGCACGACGUACGUCUACCAAGAAGAGAACAUGGUGACGGUGGAACGUAAAAACAAGCAGUUCCGUCUCGAGUGCAAUCUCAAGUUCAACCUGUGCUCGCUGGAGCUGUCCGGCUGGUACUACGGCAAGACCGCCGGUCUGCUCGGCACGAUGAGCAACGAGCAGUUCGACGACUACUUGGCAUCGAACGGUGUGAUCGUCAAGGACAUCGACAGCCUCGCUCACAGUUGGGCGAUCGACGACUGCGCGAGCGGCGCGGCUAAUCGCGCCAGCAUGACCAUGCAGCGGGAUAGCGUGGUGUCCAACUUCUGCGAGGAUCUGUUCCUGAACAAAAGCUCGGAAUUCGGCAUCUGCUUCGGCGUGAUCAGUCCGAUCGAGUACUCCAGCAUGUGCCUGAACAGCCUUACCGAGGCCGAGGCUUGCACCGUGGCGAUAUCGUACAUGCAGACGUGCAUGUUCUACAACACUUAUCUGCGAAUACCGGACCGCUGCACCACCUGCAGCAUGAUAGACGGCAGCCAGGUGGCCGAAGGCCGGUUCAAACGGCUGGAGGGCGACACGGUGCCGCAAACGACCGACGUGGUGUUCAUCGUCGAAGCGAAGAGCUGCAAUCGUGAUAUAAAGUUCAACAGCAGCAUGGAGCUGUUGAUCGUGCAGAUGAACAAGGAGCUGAACUACCAAGGCCUCAACAGCAAUCGCUGGUCUCUGGUGGUUUUCGGCGGCGACGGUGUGUACGACCAACCCAGAAGCAUCGUCCUCGACGGGCAGAUCUUCACCAAGAACGCGGAGCGCUUCGCGGAUUACUUCAACUAUAUACCGGUCGGCAACGGCAGCCGGGAUAUCUUCGCCGCGAUCGGCUUUGCUUCACAGCUCGUCUUCAGAGCUGGCGUGUCCAAGACUUUCGUACUGAUACCCUGCUCGCACUGCGAGUCGGAGAAUCAGAUGCUGGAGUAUUCCGUAUUACACCAAGUACUGCUGGAGCACGACAUCACCCUGCACAUACUGAUGGACGGCGACUUCCAAUUCGACAAGGAGAAGGUCAGCAAGAUUUUCUACGGCUUGGACGCGCGCAAAUCGUACACCGAGAAAGACGCGAGAGUACUAGUGGGCGAUGUGGACCUGAGGAGACAAGUGAAACUCUCGAAGAACGCGUUGGGUUACUGCACCCCGCUGUCACUGGAGACGAACGGCACGAUAUUCAGCGGCGACAAGCUGCGUAAUUCUGCCUCGAGUAAGAAACUGGCGAGCGUUUUUGCCAAGAGGGUUGCCCUGACGGCCAAGCCUAACCAGUGUCAAUAUUGCGAGUGCACCGCCGACAAUAAUGGUAUUACGCAAAUGGAAUGUAUGCCCUGUGAAUACCCGACGCCGGUGCACGUUGAUUACGUCAGUGAAACAUUUGAUUUUAACGAGACGCUCUCGAUGAUACCACCAUUGGACGAUGCAGACUACGGUCAAAUCGAUAUAGACGACGACUGA